CCUUGUAUAAAUAACACUCCAAUCAGAGCUCACCUUAUUUUCUUCCCAAAUUCCACCUUCACAUUUUUGCAAGGGUUUUCAGCCAUGGAGGUGCCGUCGACAACAUCAUCAUCUUCGUCGGAGAAUUUCAGAAAUCUUCCUAUCAUGUCGCUCCGGAGCAAAAUCGUAGAGAAGAUAAUGGAGAAUCGCGUCACUCUCAUCGUUGGUGAAACCGGCUGCGGGAAGAGCUCACAAGUUCCUCAAUUUUUACUCGAAGAAAGUAUUGAACCUAUAUUAUGUACACAACCAAGGCGAUUUGCGGUGGUGGCAGUUGCUAAUAUGGUGGCUACAGCUCGAAACUGUGUAAUAGGCGGUGAGAUUGGAUAUCACAUAGGUCACUCCAAGGUUAUGUCUUCCAGCUCAAAAAUCAUCUUUAAAACUGCUGGAGUUUUGUUGGAGGAAAUGCGUGAAAAAGGAAUGGAUGCUCUAAAGUACAAGGUUAUUAUACUUGAUGAAGUGCAUGAAAGAUCUGUUGAGUCCGAUCUUGUUCUUGUAUGUCUGAAGCAAUUUCUCAUAAAAAAUAGUGGGUUAAGGGUGGUAUUGAUGUCAGCUACUGCUGAUAUUACAAGAUACAAGGAGUAUUUUAGAGAUCUCGGUAGAGGUGAACGGGUUGAAGUUUUAGGAAUUCCGAGCUCCGCGCAACAUACUUUGUACCAGAGAAGAGUAUCAUAUCUUGAGCAGGUGGUUGAACUUCUUGGAAUGAGUUCAGAAUCUCUAUCUUUGAAAUAUUGUUCCGGAUCAAGCCCAGAUACAUCGGAGGCAACUUUGAAAGAAGAAGUGCACGCGCUUAUACAUAAUCUGGUAUUGUAUAUUCAUAAAAACGAACCCGAUAUGGAGAAAAGCAUUUUGAUAUUCCUACCAACUUAUCAAGCAUUGGAGCAACAAUGGCUUAAUCUGAAUCGUGUUAGGAGUGCUUUCAAAAUUCACAUCUUACAUAGUAGUAUUGACACCGAGCAAGCUCUUAAUGCCAUGAGUAUUUCAAAGUCUCACAGGAAGGUGAUACUGGCGACUAACAUAGCAGAAUCUUCUGUAACAAUACCAAAAGUUGCUUAUGUGAUUGACUCAUGCAGAUCUCUACAAGUCUACUGGGAUGCAAAUCGAAAAACUGAAACAUCAGAGAUUGUUUGGGUAUCUGAAUCUCAGGCUGAACAAAGGCGGGGAAGAACCGGCCGCACUUGUGACGGUGAAGUAUAUCGACUUGUCACCGAACCGUUUUUCGGCCAAUUAGAGAAAUUCGAGCCACCAUCUAUUUUGAAGUUAUCAUUAAGGCAACAAGUGCUUCUUACAACUUGUGCUGCAUCAAGAGCUAUCAAUGAUCCAAAGGUCUUGUUGCAGAAAGUUAUGGAUCCACCGAGACCUGAAGUUGUUGAUGAUGCACUAGAAUUACUGGUCCAUAUCCAUGCUUUAGAGAAAACAUCACCAAGAGGUCGUUUUGAGCCAACGUUUUAUGGAAGAUUGCUUUCCAGCUUUUCUUUGUCGUUUGAUGCUUCUAUGCUUAUUCUAAAGUUUGGAGAAGCCGGAAUGCUACGCGAAGGCAUUAUAAUCGGUAUCCUAAUGGAUACCCAACCUUUACCAAUCAUCCGUCCCUUUGGACAAGAAGCACUGUUUUCUAAGUUCGCCGAUGACUACUACAAUCAAGAUGGCAAGCUCGCUGGUUUAAUGGGUAGGAAGGAAGUGAUAUUCAUGGCUAAUUUUUGUGCCUUUCAGUUCUGGCAACGUGCUUUUAAGGAUAAUCUUCGGCUUGAGCGGUUAAAACACCUUUUAAAGCCUGAUGAGACUACAAACACCCAAAUUGCAUCCUUGAGGAUCGAAGAGGAGUGGUGCUUGUUCCACAAUCUUGUCCAGUCAUCACUCCAGCGUGUUGCAGAUAUAUAUGAGACCGUUCUUAAUUCCGUGCAUAGAUACCGCCCCAGUUUUCUAGCAACCUCAAAUGGUCUACCGUCUUACUACGAGCCGUAUGGCUUUCAGCACACUUGUCUUCUUACGAUUGGACACAAUGACGAUUCUGACCCUCUUGCCACCGAUGAUGAUAGCAACCCUAUUAAUGAAACAAAGAAAUGUAUAGCCUCACCUUAUGUGGAGGCAAACGGGUUUAAUAAGAAUGCGGUUGCUUUUAAAUUGGCCAACUCGAUCAAAGAGAUACGGAUUUGUUAUCUGGAAGACUCAACUGGCAACAAUCAAAUCCAGAGUUUAUUUUCUUAUAAUGGUGUAGACGCGUCUCUGUGUAGAUUUUUUAUUAAAGGGACAUGCAAUAAGGGAACACAGUGUUUAUUCUCUCACUCAUUAGAAGCUAAAAGACCCGUUUGUAAGUUCUUCUUAUCGUUACAGGGUUGCAGAAACGGAAAUUCUUGUUUAUUCCUUCAUAGUUCAGACCAGCUCUCGUUACCAAGUACCAAACACGAAUCAUGUUCUCCAGAUUACGCACCUGCUGACGCUUCUCUGCUUUUAAGUUUAUUUCCUAACCCAGAUGACGGCUGCGUUCUUUUAUUUGACGACUUUGAUAUGCAGUUCUCAGCAAACAUUGCUAGUUUUUAUACUCCGUCUUCUAUAGUUUGCACUACUUCUGCGGUUAAAUCUUUUAGCGAUCCGUUUUUGCAAGAUUUAAGAAUAUUGUGGGGACUUUCUCAUCCACACGGAACUAUCGUUUCUAAAGCUGCUAAUAACUCAAUACCGUGGAAAAAAGUCAAAUGUGCUGUUUGGAUUCCUAAGUUUGAUAAUGUGGAUAAUUGGGAAGAACAUAAAGGAAUCGUUAAAAUGUUUUUUGAGUAUCUUGCUGUUCGUAUACUGGGUGAUGCUUUGUAUGAAGUCCAAGUUAUUCUCGUUAUGAACAACCUCCGAUUUGCUCAACUGCAGGUUGAGAGUUUGGGGAGAGAGAAUUUCUUCUACCUUAGAGAAUCAUUUGCAUUCGAUGAAUACAGCUUUGGGAAGGUCUCCGGGGUUGCUACUAAAAAGCCGAUGCUGUCAUCCAAGGCAAUUGCGUAUGUGUUUGAUUUGCAUCCUCCUACUGAUAUUCAGUUCGGUGAUUAUGCAUCAGUUAUUCACAAGCAGCUGCAUAACAUAACUUAGGACUUUGGAGAUAUAGCGCUAAUAUUAGGCUAACGUAUCAUAUAUUGUUUUUGCUACCUGGCAUAUAACUGAAAUCAAGCGUAUUUUGGUAUAUUAUACAUUCGUUGAACUUGUUUUCAAGUA